GCGUACUACAGGGUGUCAAAUGAAUAUGUUCUGUGUUCACAACUAUCUUUGUCUGUAGCGGUUUUCUGGUAAUAAUAUUCUCCAAACUGCUCGAUGAAUCCAUACAAUAUAUAGUAGAACGUUAUGGAAGAUGACAUAUGAAAUGACUGACACUUCAAAAUGGCUACCUACUAGCCUUUUCAGAACAAGGGAGUGAUUUGUCAUGCUUUCAAGUAUUCACUAUUAUUUUUAACCAAAUUGUCAUAAUAUAAUUAUGCUUCCAACUACUGCAUGUGAAUGUUCAAAUACAGGUGCAAGUUUCAUGUUUACUUAAUAGCCUAUAAGAUCUCAUAUAAAACCAAACAAACUACAAAAUAUUUAAUUUUUAUAAGUUUAUUUAAAAAUUACAUUUUGUACUUAAAUAAACAAUCAAGUCUUUACACAUGUCGGGAACGAUCAAGUCUUUACAGGCGAACACUCAAGUCUACAGGCGAACAAUCAAAUCUCCAGGCCAACUAUCAAGUCUUCACAGGCGAACACUCAAGUCUACAGGCAAACAAUCAAAUCUCGAGGCAAACUAUCAAGUCUUCACAGGCGAACACUCAAGCCUACAGUCAAACAAUCAAAUCUCCAGGCCAACUAUCAAGUCUUCACAGGCGAACACUCAAGUCUACAGGUAAACAAUCAAAUCUCCAGGCAAACUAUCAAGUCUUUACAGGCAAACAAUCAAAUCUCCAGGCAAACAAUCAAAUCUCCAGGCAAACUAUCAAGUCUUUACAGGCGAACACUCAAGUCUACAGGCAAACAAUCAAAUCUCCAGGCAAACUAUCAAGUCUUUACAGGCGAACACUCAAGUCUACAGGCAAACAAUCAAAUCUCCAGGCAAACUAUCAAGUCUUUACAGGCGAACACUCAAGUCUACAGGUAAACAAUCAAAUCUCGAGGCAAACUAUCAAGUCUUUACAGGCGAACACUCAAGUCUACAGGUAAACAAUCAAAUCCCCAGGCAAACUAUCAAAUCUCCAGGCAAACUAUCAAGUCUUUACAGGUGUUAUAGACUGGUGUAGUUUGGUGACUGCUGUGUGGAUCAUCUGUUGUAAAGUGUCAUCUUCCUCACACUUUACUUCCUAAUAAAAUACACAAUUAAACAAAUAUUAGUUUAUCAUUAAAUCUACUUCUGGCACCUAACUGGUUAAAAUCAAUGUUUGCAUUUGUUUUAUCUGUUUGUAAAAGCAGUAUAGUUAAUUGGUUAUAGAGUAUUUUUCAAAACUUAAUACUAUUUGGAACAAAAUACUCAAUUGGCCAGGCACCGGCCGAUGAAUCAUGCAAACUUAAACUCGUGCAACUUAAGGGGAAACAAAGAAGAGAUGAGUUGAAGAGUAACUUUCUAAUAUAUUGUCAAUUUUAUAAUAUCUCGCUCAUACCACUCUAUGUCAAGCAUAUCUUCUUAAAAGCUCAACUUUUUAAAGGAAUAAAAAUAUCCGUUUUCAUUCUUUAUU